AUUUACACCAUCUUUUUCAUUCUCAUAUCCAUUUUCUAAUCUCUACUCAUCUCAAAUUUUUUUGAACAUUUUUUAAUUUAUAAAAGGAAGAAGAGAUGGCUUCUAAUACAUUGAUGAGCUGUGGAAUAGCAGCAGUUUGCCCCUCUGUCCUCUCUUCUUCCAAGUCUAAAUUCGCCGUGGCGGUGCCCGUGUCCACCGGAGCUACCAAUGCCACGUCACGUCUCACCAUGUCGGCCGAGUGGAUGCCCGGCCAACCCCGUCCCUCCUACCUCGACGGCUCAGCCCCCGGAGACUUUGGAUUUGAUCCACUUGGUUUAGGAGAAGUACCUUCAAAUUUGGAGAGAUACAAAGAAUCUGAACUUAUUCAUUGCAGAUGGGCUAUGCUUGCUGUUCCAGGAAUCCUAGUUCCAGAGGCAUUGGGCUUGGGCAAUUGGGUCAAGGCCCAAGAAUGGGCCGCAGUUCCUGGAGGACAAGCUACAUAUUUGGGCCAGCCUGUUCCAUGGGGCACUCUUCCUACUAUUUUGGUUAUUGAAUUUUUAGCCAUUGCCUUUGUAGAGCACCAAAGGAGUAUGGAAAAGGACCCAGAAAAGAAGAAGUACCCUGGUGGAGCUUUUGACCCAUUGGGCUACUCUAAGGACCCUAAGAAAUUUGAAGAACUCAAAGUCAAGGAAAUCAAAAAUGGUCGCCUUGCAUUGUUGGCAUUUGUUGGGUUUUGUGUUCAACAAUCAGCAUACCCAGGAACAGGACCAUUGGAGAACUUGGCAACUCACUUGGCUGAUCCAUGGCACAACAACAUUGGGGAUAUUGUUAUCCCUAGAGGCAUUUUACCCAAUUGAAUUGUACUAUGAUGUAUAUUAGCCAAACACCUUGUAAAACUCUCACAUGUACGCAUAGACUUGUAAUGAAAUGGACUUUUUGUGUAUCCU